AUGCUUGCAGUAAAAUAUCGAUUAUCGCUAAAUUCAGCUCGACAAGUUCUCGCUGCCGGUAUCAAUUAUAGAAAAGAACAGAAACGAUAUGCAACUUUAAAUAUGCAAACAAUAAAUCCUCUUGUCAAAGAGGUCGAAUACGCGGUUCGAGGUCCGAUUGUUAUUCGUGCAGGAGAAAUCGAACGUCAAUUAAAGGACAAGCACGAUUACCCUUUCGAUCGAGUUAUUCGAGCUAAUAUCGGUGAUUGCCAUGCUAGCGGUAAUCAAGCACCAAUUACAUAUAUUCGACAGUUUGUAGCCGGAUGUACUUACCCCGAGAUAAUGAAUUCGCCUGACUUUCCACGAGAUGUUAAACAACGAGUAGAACGUUUACUGUCAGCAUGUGGUGGCAAAAGUCUUGGUUCAUAUACGGAGAGUCAAGGCAUAAUCACUAUACGAGAAGAUGUUGCAGCCUAUAUUCAGCAGCGGGAUGGUUAUCCAGCUGAUGCAAAUAACAUUUAUCUUUGUAAUGGAGCUUCCGAUGGUAUUAAAACUGUCAUCAAGCUUUUAAUGAAUAACGAUCCAGCCAAACCAUCAGGAAUUAUGAUUCCUGUACCACAAUAUCCACUCUACAGUGCAACUUUAUCUGAAUAUGGCGCACAUCAAAUUGAAUAUUACCUCGAUGAAGAUAACAACUGGGCUCUAAAUAUUGAUGAAUUGGAGCGUUCGUUGAAUGAAGCGAAGAGUAAAUGUGUUCCGCGCGGUAUCGUAGUUAUUAAUCCGGGGAAUCCCACCGGCCAAGUACUUGCACGUGAUAAUAUUGAAAAUGUAAUUCGAUUUGCACAUAAACAUCAAUUAUUCGUCAUGGCUGAUGAAGUCUAUCAAGAAAAUGUUUAUCUACCAGGUUCGAAAUUCUUCUCAUUCAAAAAAGUUCUCAUGGAUCUGGGUGCACCUUACAAUCAAAUGGAAAUGGCCUCAUUCCAUUCGGCAUCGAAAGGGUGGCAUGGCGAAUGUGGCUCUCGUGGUGGUUACUAUGAGUUAAUCAAUCUUGACAAAGAUGUUCGAAUGCAAGUGAAUAAACUAAUCUCAGCAUGUUUAUGUUCGACAUCAUGGGGUCAAGCUGUCAUGGGAGCGAUCAUAAGUCCACCAAGAGAAGGUGAAGAAUCGUAUGAACUGUAUAAGAAAGAACGAACGAUGGUUGUUAAUCGAUUGAAGGAAAAAGCUGAUCUUGUCAGCCAACUGUUCAAUUCAGUUGAAGGUGUACGCUGCAAUGCUGUUAUGGGAGCAAUGUAUGCAUUUCCUCGUAUCGAAAUUCCAAAGAAAGCCAUCGAAUAUGCAAAAUCGAAGAAAAUGGCACCUGAUGCGUUUUAUUGUUUUCAAUUACUUGAAAAGACCGGCAUUUGUGUUGUACCCGGUAGCGGUUUUAAACAACGACCUGGAACACAUCAUCUCCGUACAACGAUUCUGCCACCGGUUGAUCAAAUGAAAGAUAUGGUUGAGCGCUUUCGCACAUUUCAUAUGCAAACAGUAAAUCGAAUAGCGAUCAUGUUGCAUCAUAGACGUCAGGUCGUACCAUUCAAUGAAAUCCAGGGUGUCACUUCGACAAAUGUUUGUGCCUACUCAAAUGGUGAUGAUCAUUUUUUCUCCGUUGAACGUCAUUAUUAUCAUGGCAUCUUUUUGGGCUUCAAAUGGGAAUGCAUCGAAUUCGCCCGUCGAUGGCUUUUAAUGCGUAAAAGUUGCAUUUUUUCCGGCAUACCCUACGCUGCUGCUGAUAUAUGGACUAAAUUGCAAGCGCUCGAACGUGUUACCGAUGGCAAACAAAUUCCCCUCACCGCACAUCUAAAUGGCACAUUAGAUAAACCUAAACGAGAUUCCUUACUUAUCUAUCCACGUAGUUCGGCGUUACCAUUCGGUCAUGUUGCGAUUAUAUGUGAUGUUGUACCCGGUUACAUUCGUAUUGCUGAACAAAACUAUGAAUAUUACAAUUGGUCGGACGAUUAUUCUCGAGAAAUUCCAUUGAGAUUCGAAAAUAACUGUUAUUACAUCGAAGAUCAGCAUGAAGUUUACGGCUGGAUGGAGAUUGAUGAUAUUGAAAAUUUAGAACCAUUGGACGAGACUAAAAUUGAUUUGAUCUUAAAGCAAUAUCAACAAGCCAACUCGAUUGGAACAUUAGAACGAUGUGUAAUACCAAGCAAAACGUCCACGUUAUCAUUUGCAUGGUUGAAUGAGAACGAUAAGGCGGAGCAAUUGUUUAUGCAACUAUAUGGAACAGAUUUGAUACGUACAGAUACCAAUACUUUGCCUUUUUACAAAGCGAAUCAAGAUUUGCUGUUGAAUAUUGGCGGUGUAUCGAAUGAACUACACGAAAUGUUUCUUCAUGCAACUGAAUAUGUUUUAGAAAAUGAUGAUGUUUUGAGACAUUUCUGCAUUCCGGAAGUCUUCUGGCCGAAAAUUCGUCAAUCGUGGCUGAAUGAGAAACAGUUAACGAUGACAGGACGAUUUGAUUUAGCUUUCAACGGAAAAGAAAUCAAAGUUUUCGAAUACAAUGCCGACAGUGCUUCGGCUCUGUUUGAAAUGGCUGUCAUCCAAGAGAAAUGGGCCCAAACGAUUAAUUUCGAACGAACAUUCAUGUCGGCAUUUCAACUGCACAAUAUUUUAGUGAAGAACUGGAAGAAAUUCUCGUCGAUUAAACGUGCACAUAUUCUAAUCGAUACCGAUCAAGAAGAAUUAUUGACUGCUUAUUAUAUGCAGAAUGUUUUGAAAGAUGCCGGUAUUGAUUCGAAAAUAUGCAUCAUAACUGAUGAUCUGUAUUGGAAAGAUUCGAAGAUAGUCGAUGGUGACGGCUAUGAAGUUGAAUUAGUAUGGAAAUUAUGGAUGUGGGAAACAGUUUUUAGUAAUUAUCUUCAAUGCGAAAAGGAAGGAACUUUAAGUCGACAAAACGAUGGUGAACAUCCAUACCUACAUCAGAUUCUGUUAAAUGAACACAUUAAGGUGAUCGAACCAUUGUGGAAAGUGAUUCCAAGCAAUAAAGCCAUCUUACCUGCCCUAUGGUUACUCUAUCCGAAUCAUCCAAAUCUUUUACGUAGUGAAUAUAUUUUAACCGAUGAAUUAAAACAAGUUCCAUUUGUCAAGAAGCCCAUCGUUGGUCGUUGUGGUCAUAAUGUCACUCUGUUUGAUGUGAACGGUGAGGCCGUUAUCCACGAAACUCAAGGAAUAUUCAUCGAUCGAAAUUGUAUAUAUCAAGAACUAUUUUCAUUAACGAAUUUCGAUGGAUAUUAUCCAAUUAUUGGAAGUUGGAUUAUUCAUGGUUUAUUUGGUGGAUUUGGUAUACGCGAAGACAAGAAAUUGAUCACCGAUGCUGAAAGUCCAGUGACUGCUUGUUGUAUAGUUUGGAAAUAG